UUGAUGAAUUGAUUUCAGAGUACAAUGGAUGAUUUUAUGUCGACGCCGGUGGUCCGGCUGGGACCGACGAGUCGUCUGCUGCGUCGACAAUCUGGACUUCCGGAACCAAGAAAUAUCAAGGAGUCCAACCUAGAGAAAUCUCUUCAUCUGCUUGAUGAUGCUCUGGGCUCCCCCAGCUCCUCUUCUGCCACAGGGAGGUUUGGUAGAAAUGUAGAUGUGAGCUCCAACUUGACGAGGAUACAUGAUGUAUCCCGGAUACACGAUGUGACCAGUAUCCAGGAUAUCACCAGGUUUCAGGAUUCAACACGAACCAUGCGGAGAGAUAUGGCCGGGGAUAUAACACGAGCAGUUCACUUAAUAGAUAAUGAUAUGGAUGUAAGUAUGAGUACAACCAUGCACUCUGCUAUGCUUGAAGAGAACCCUGGUGUGAAAGCUACAGAAAACCUGUUUGAUGAAUUCCUCUCCGUGUUCAGUUCUGGAGCACAGGGCCUGGAUAGUAUAGCAGAGUUCGAGCAGAUGGUAGAUGAUCAUAUUCAAACCCUCAGGCGUGUGACUAUCAACCUACCUGGUGGAAAGGAUAAGUUCCCUAAAUCUGCUGCUGUUCUCCAGGAUCUAAUUAAUGAACGGAAUACUUGGAGGAUAAUGGGAAAGUUGUAUACUGACCGGUUAGUGACCUGCUCCCAGACCCCUCCUGACCUUCCUCCUCCAGCUCCUGGUAGUGAAAAGCAGAUUAUUGAACGCUUCUUCAUGAAUAAUAAGGAAAUAAGACAGGCGUACAUGGUGGUUGAGUGGUUGGAGAAGAAUGCCCAGGACGAGACUGAGGAGACAAUCACCCAGCAGAUGGAGUGGUUCACAGAUUCUACGGUGAACUGGGAGAACACAACAGCAGCUCUGGCUCGAGGGCAGGCUGGUCCUCUUAUGGUUAAAGAACUUGAUCCUGACGCACCUCACAGAACUGGUUUACAGCUGCAUGAUCUGGAUCAGCAGGAUGAAUCUCGUCUUAUCUUCUGUAUCUAUGGUCUGGUGAGGUGUGGACUACUGGAGGAUGCUCAGGAGUUGUGUGUGAGGUUAGGACAGCCCUGGCGAGCAGCUAGUAUGGAAGGAUGGAAACUAUAUCAUGAUCCUAAUUAUGAGAGUGGAACUGAUGGAAGGGGAGACAAACUACAAGUAGAGGGCAACCUUCAUAGGGAUAUUUGGAAGAAGGUCGCCUGGAAGCUAACUACAGAUAGUUCAUUAUCACAACACGAGAGGGCGGUUUACGCAGUUCUGUGCGGGAACCUGGAACAAUUAAGAGCUGUUUCUACCUCCUGGGAAGACAGACUGUGGGCGGGAGCGAAGUGUGCUGUAGAUAUCCUCGUAGAGACUGAAAUAAGGUCCAAUAUAAUCAAGAAUUAUGCUGAAUUACCAACCGCAUAUUGGAAUACUCCUCAUGAACUUUCAAAGGUGAUUAAAGAGGCUGGUAACGAAACAAAGGAUUCUUCGACGAAGUCCGCCUCUUUUUACCACACCAUUCAGUCCCACAUCAUCCUCGACGACUACCCCGGCCUCGUGAACAAAAUGGUCUCCUGGCUCAAGGACGGAGAGGCUGACGAUCACCUGCUGAGGUUGAUGGCUCACCUUGUCCUGGUUCAUCGAGGACUAGGUCUAGGAUCUAGUAUGAAGGAUGAGGAGAGGAUACUGGUUGAGUACACAAGGUACCUGAUGAAGGAGGACAGGUUGCCUAUUAUCCCCUGGUAUGUGAGCAGACUCAGCUCAGCGAUACAGCUCCCACUCUACUCAAGGUUCCUAGCAGGUGUACAUGAGGCAGAGGAUCAGGCUCUCUGCCUGUACCUGGGUCGUGAGGUUGGAAUCAAUAUGGACGCUGUAGUAGUUGCAGCAGUAGUUGAUGUUAGAACCUCACAUGCAGAAGAUAAUGAGCAGAUGGUGUCGAGUCUAGGUUGGCUUUGCCACGAUCCUAGUCAAGCCCCUGAUCUUCUCUACCAAGCUAACGCUGUUAUACGUAAGCUGCUGUCCGUGGGUCAGCUUGAGCUGGCGGCCCAGGCUGCUGGUAGGAUACCGAAGGAAACCUUGAACAGGGUUGUUAGAGCCUGGAGGGACGAGGGGAGCGGUGAGGAGCUACCUGGAGGAUCAGUUAGGGAGCAUCUUUCACUCAAGGUCUAUCUUGAAGCACAAGAUGCCUUCUCGGACUGGUUUGAUCAUUUCCACCGUGGGCAGCCUAAACGUCCAAUUCUUCCUGAAAAUCCGUCAUUCACGGGCAAAGUUGCGCAUGAGCAGAGAGAGAAACAGUUUAUUGCUGAACUAGACAGAUGGCGUGGAGGUCAGGUUAUCCAGUCCAGGAACGCGGAGCAGAAGUUGAAGGAGGUCAUCACCUUCCCAGGAGGCUGGCUCACGGAUUUCACGGAUGAGGACGAGGAGGAAGAGAUGCUCGUGGAUGAAGAACUCCGUAGACGAGAUGAGAUGGUUCAUCUUCGUGCUGAGCUUAUACCACAGACUGUUCUUUUACUUCAUUCAGUCCUUCAUAACACAGGACAGUAUAAAGCUUGUAUUGCUCUGGCAAACCUGAUCUCCGACGAAUCGAUGAAGAACUACACUGCCUUCAGCAAGGAGAGAAUGAAGCAGUUCCUCGCUAAAAUAAGAGAAUCUUCCUUGGCGGCACUGGAGGAGGGAAAGGACGCCUGGGGGUUUAACAAGCAAUAGGAGAUAACAAGGAAUUCAUUCAUUCAUCGUAUGCUCAGUUAAAACAGAAUAUCAGCUGAUCCAUAUUAUUCAGCUGAUUUUUCAAGAUGUCCGCCAACUUUUUUGACACCCCUAUAAGCAGCUGAUUAAUUGUUAUGUAAACAAUUUUCAGCGCUAACUUAAAUUGUACCUGACAAGGUCUUGACUUUUUACAGUGAUAAAAUAUUUUUUAAUUCCCCUGA